AUGCCUAUUGACGAUUACGGUGUUUGGAAGGCACAUCCUGUGCACUACGUAGUCGAACAUCAGGAAGACGACCCACGGUCCCCGCAUCUCUCAUUGUAUUAUAACGACAGUGGGCAAUAUAAGGAGGGCACUGAGGGCAACCUUCGCCGGACGGGGAAGGAAAUUCCUGGGCUUUUCCGAGCUGCAAUCAAUAUCAAAUCCGGAGACAAGAAGGACUCUCGCCUCGUGUAUUGGGUGGAUCAUGAUUUCAACCAGCAUCCCAUCAUUGACCGGCUCAGUGUUCUAGAGCCAGGAUUCCAUCUACUCGAAGAUACGAAACCAAGCCCUGAUGGUCCAAGGAUUGACUUUAUCCGGAGUAACUUGUUCAAUGUUAACAGCGGCCGGGUUCUGCCACAUGACGUUGAAGGGCCUGAUAACGAUAUUAUUGACGUUCUGGAACCUGAAGUCCGUCAGGCGAUUGAACACCAAGCUGAAGUAUAUGUAUUUGGUUCGCGUUUUAACACAAAAGAUGGAAUCCACGAUGUCCAUAUGAACCAGGGCAACAAAGGAAGCUGGAAGGAGGAUGAUGGCAUCUUUCAAGACGGAGCUCUCUUAAUUCAUUUCACGAAUCCUGACCGAUGGGUUGGCGUAUUCCUCGGCUUCGCAUCCCAAGCAGCCCACACCGAUGAUCGGACUGGACAUGCCAUAUCAUCCGAAACUUGGAGUGACUAUCUAAGCGACCAAAGAGGGCAUCCUGGUCUCAUUGAGAAUUCAGUGGCCAUCAAAGAGGCAAACUUCGAAUCUCUUGCGGGUGGCCCAAAGGGACGCCGAGAAUCUGUUACUCUCACCAACCUCACGAGCAAACCGCUCUCCCUCUCGACGUGGCAGAUUCAUAACUCAGCUGGUCAAAUCCAGGUUUUACCCCCUAAUGCAGCAUUGGACGCAAUGGCAACAAAAGCUUUCGAGAUCCCCCAUUGUCAUCUUUCCACUCAUGGCGACACCAUCACUCUUGUGAAUGAAUACGGGCUCAAAGUGGACGGCGUAAGCUACAGCGCCGGACAGGCAAAACACGACGGCCAGCCAAUUGUUUUUGCUCAUUGA